AUGGAAAUUCCAGACAAAGCGUCGGCAGAUGGAAUGCCUCAAGGGUUGAUGCACACCAGCGGCGAAGACACAUCUCUGGCAUUGAGGAGAGGACAUACCUACGCGAGCUUGCUUGGGUCUGUUCUUAUGGUCCCUUUCAGAAGACUUGGGUUCCUGUCGCGGGAGUCUGUGUUCCCUGUCUUGCUCGAUCAGGUCAAGGCGAGUGUCGACGGCGCAUCUUCGUCACCCACAAGCUAUGUGGUGAACCUGAGCUAUGGGAGGCAGAGAUGGAGAAUAAAUGUGGGGAUAGUGCAGCUGUUUUCCCUGAAUGCAUACCUUCACUACAGAGAGGUCAUGGACUCUCGGAGGGACAAGCCUGAUAUAUGUACGGAAGAGCAAUGCAGCAGCAUCGAGGAGUUUCUCCGGGCUGUUCUCCACAGAUCGAGGUACCUUGACAUUGGAAAGGUUUAUGACUUCUUCAGAAUAUCCAGGCACUCGUUCAGCGGGACAAAGAUGUUUGAGGACAAGUUCCAUGUGGACAUAACAGAUCUGGAUGGAGGCAGGUGUGCGGGCUCUUGCUAUAGGGUGUCUAGAAGCUCAGGAAAGAUGUAUGUUGUCUGCAAAAAGUCGCAUCUAGUGCUUGUUGACUACAAAAAUGGACACGAAGAUGCAGAUGUCCUGUUCUACGGAGGAGACCUGAAUGUGAAGUACAAGAUGAAUGUGUUUUAUAGCAAGGUGGUUAUCGACAAGGGUGGGAAGAGAUACACGAUCAAGUCGUUCAGGCAUGAGGCUGUGCGCCGGUUGUUUGGAGAGAUUCUGGAAGGAGAGGAAAGGAUAAGGGGAUCUAGCAGGCUUACAUCCUUCAGUCCCGUGAGAAGGGGAAAUGUCGUGAACUUCUAUGUUGAUGGAAAAAGCUACUUCUGGAACCUUUAUGACACGCUAUGCCUUGCAAGAAGAGAGGUCUUCAUCGCCGGGUGGUGGAUCUAUCCCACGCUGUAUCUUCGGGUGAAGCCCGUGGGCAAGGGACUGGACAAGAGAUACAGGCUGGAUCAUGUUCUGAAAGAGCUGGCGGAAAAGGGGGUGAAGAUAAGGAUACUGGUGUACAAAGAGGUUCUGAGGGCACUGAACAUCGACUCCAACUACACAUAUGAGUUCCUAUCGAAGCUCCACAGGAGGAUUGAGGUCCUUAGACAUCCAAAUGGCAUGGGGCGCAUUCCUAUCUACUGGACGCACCAUGAGAAGGUGGUUGUUGUGGACCAGAGAAUAGCAUAUGUCGGAGGAAUUGACCUGGGGCUUGGAAGGUACGACACGCAGGAGCACCCGUUGGUCAGUAAGGAGCACCAGGCUGGGUAUUUGGAGGCAUAUGAAAAGGAGGAGAACGGGCUAGAACCUUCCGAUCUACCGAGGAUGCCAUGGCAUGACGUCCAGUGUAAGGUUGUUGGAAGUUCUGCGUUUGAUAUAUCUCGGCACUUCAUUGAAAGAUGGAACUUCAUUGUCUCUGAGGACGGAGGGGGGAAGAGGACAGAGCUGUUGGUUCCGAACGAGGAGCUUGGGGCAAUAGACAGCAUGUCUUCGGACUCCUUGGAAGAUGGAGGACUCGUCAGAACUCAGGUGCUGAGGUCUGUCGGAAGAUGGUCGCUUGGGAUUGAUGAGGACUCGGUGUCAAGGGGGUAUUCGGAGGUGAUCCGGGGCUCCAGAAGAUUCAUAUACAUAGAAAACCAGUUUUUCAUUACAAGGUGCAGCUCUGCACCUGGGUAUCCGGAGAACACGGUUGGGAGAGUCCUUGCAGAGAGAAUAAUCGAGGCUGACAGGGCUGGAGAGGAGUUUAAGGUGUAUGUUGUGAUUCCCCUCUUCCCUGCACUUGAUGCAGGCCUUAUGGUGAGUCCGACGCCUGCAGUAGAGAUCAUCAGGAUCCAAGAGCAGUCGAUAUCGAAGGGGGAAAAGUCUUUGUACCAGGUGCUAAGAGGGCAUGGAGUUGACCCGGACAAGUAUCUUGUGUUUAUGUCUCUGAGGAAGGUACAUUUUGACGGGAAAAGAGUCGCCCAGGAGCAGAUCUAUGUGCAUUCGAAGGUGAUCAUUGCGGACGGGACAUCAGCCAUAGUCGGGAGCACAAAUCUUAAUGACAGAAGCAUGGUUGGAUGUAGGGACACAGAAAUAGCACUGCUAGUGGAGGAUGACAACGAGGUGGUUCACAAGCUGCUGAGGACCCUGUUAGAGGAGCAUCUUGGAGUCAAGAGGGGGGCGGAAAGAAGCAGGUGUGGACCUCUGGAUUUUCUGGAGCAUCAUCUACUCGGCAGCACACUUGACCUCGGAAGUAAUGACGUCUUCAACAGGAUUGUCGAUAGAGCAAGGACUAACACAGAGAUGUUCAAGAGGCUUCUUGAGCUGGAUGGCGGCUACGGUGGAAGACGUUUGUGCCCCUGCCCGGUGGACAGUGUCCUUGUCCAGAAUUUGCUUCAUGGAAUACAAGGCCAUCUGGUUCUGUUUACAGACGACCUUCUAGUUGGCAGAGAGUCUGAAAAAAGCAUCUUUAGUAUUCAUGGAUUUAUUCCAUCGGUGGUCUACUACUAA